UGUGACUGGUAAAUAGGCAGACUAAGGCUAAAACUGGUUGUGUCGGGGACAAAUUACAGGCGAAAUGCCUAAUAAAACUAAGAAAGAGAAGACCCCUGCUAAAACAGCCACAAACGCUAAACCAACAGGAAAGGAAACUCCUGAUAACACAGAGAAUGAGGUAAGCAAGAGUGCAAAGAGGAAACCAAAUACGGAGAAUCAUCCACCCCCAACCACCCUGACAAAGAUAAAAUACACUGGUCCUCCCCAUGUGAAGAAAGAUAAACGUCAGAACUCCUCUAGGUUCAAUGUCUCCAAGAACAGAGAGCUUCAAAAAUUGCCCCUUUUGAAAGAUGCGACGCCGGCAGAGCGGGAGGAACUGUUCAUACAGAAGAUCCGACAGUGCUGUGUGAUGUUUGACUUUGUUCAAGACCCUCUCAGUGAUCUCAAAUGGAAGGAGGUGAAGAGGACGGCACUGAACGAGAUGGUUGAGUACGUCACACAGAACCGCAGCGUUAUCACCGACGCUAUCUAUCCAGAGGCCAUACAUAUGUUUGCUGUUAAUCUGUUCCGCACUCUGCCUCCGUCCUCAAACCCUAGUGGAGCAGAAUUUGACCCUGAGGAAGAUGAACCGACUUUAGAGGCUGCGUGGCCACAUCUCCAGUUGGUCUAUGAAUUUUUUCUACGCUUUUUGGAAUCACCAGAUUUCCAAGCGAACACAGCUAAAAGAUACAUAGAUACAAGAUUUGUCUUACAGCUCCUGGACCUAUUUGACAGUGAAGACCCCCGUGAAAGGGACUUCUUAAAAACAAUUCUACAUAGAAUAUAUGGAAAGUUUCUAGGACUGAGAGCUUACAUCAGGAAGCAAAUAAAUAACAUCUUUUAUAGUAUUCUGUUCUGUCACCCUAGGUUUGUCUAUGAGACAGAACAUCAUAAUGGAAUAGCUGAACUACUUGAGAUCCUGGGAAGUAUAAUCAACGGGUUUGCCCUUCCUCUGAAAGAAGAACAUAAAGUAUUUCUACUAAAAGUUUUAUUGCCUUUACACAAAGUAAAGUCCCUCAGUGUGUACCACCCUCAGCUGGCUUACUGCGUGGUACAGUUUCUAGAGAAAGAUCCCAGCCUCACAGAACCGGUGAUAAUGGGUUUGUUAAAGUUCUGGCCAAAGGUUCAUAGUCCCAAAGAGGUUAUGUUUUUAAAUGAGUUAGAAGAAAUUUUAGAUGUGAUAGAGCCAGCUGAGUUCCUGAAGGUGAUGUGCCCAUUGUUCAAACAGCUAGCCAAGUGUGUAUCAAGUCCACAUUUCCAGGUCGCAGAGAGGGCACUAUAUUAUUGGAAUAAUGAGUACAUCUUGAGUUUGAUCAGUGAAAAUGCCACCGUACUUCUGCCUGUCAUAUUUCCAGCUUUGUAUAAGAGCAAAGAACAUUGGAACAAGACUAUCCAUGGGCUCAUAUACAAUGCCUUAAAGCUGUUUAUGGAGAUGAAUCAGAAACUGUUUGAUGACUGCACACAGCAGUACAAGGCAGAAAAGCAAAAGGAAAAGGAGAGGUUAAAACAGAGAGAAGAUGCCUGGACGAGGAUACAGAAUUUGGCCCUGGGCAACCCUCAGGUUCAAGGAGAUAUGGUAAUCAAUCCCUAUCCAAAUAAAUACGUACCUAUGCAGCCACACCCGGAUGUGAUAGCGGGUACCAUCUCCUCUAACAGUGCCCUCAACCCCAACAGUAUGCCUGGGGACGAUGAGGGGGAUGUGGUGGCUAGCAUGGAACGCUUGGAGAAUGAAGCCAAAGAGCUUCAGAAGAAAAAGAGUAAAGAUCGGCCAUUGUUAAGACGGAAGUCUGAUAUUCCCCAUGACGUUUACACCUUGAAAGCUUUAGAAACGCACAAGCGACCAGAGGAGUAUCUGUCGACAUCUUCUGAAAACAACUGACCAAGUGUUCAUGUGUGUACGUCACAGGCCAUGUGGAGGGGAGCUCUCCACCCCCUAAAUUACAGUUGUGGACCACUCUAGAGAUUCCACCAAUCAAUACUUGCGCACUUCUCUUGGUGGGUGUUGGUUAAGAAUGCUGCUGGUGUGGUGUGAGCGUUUGGUGUCAGAUGUUGGAUUGGGUUGGUGUCAGAAGUGAGAUUUGUAUUGUGUAUUGAUAACAUGCCCAAGGCAACCUUACCGAAAACUGUCUAACACCUCAUUAUUCACAAAUACAGACUGGAUAGCUUGUGUACUCAAAUGCAUUUCAGUUUGAGCUCUCCUAUCAAGAAUUUUACCCCCGAUUAUUUUAGGAUUUUUUUUGUGACUAUUUCACAAUAUGAAUUCAGGAUAACUGUGCCCCUUCAGCUAAGAGUUUGAAAAAAUGUAAUAAUUCUUUCUUUCUCGUGUUUUCGUUGUUAUACUAGGACUACAGAAAAUAAUAUCUCUAUUUCUGUAUUCAGGAUAAUAUUUUCAAUAUGUUGUCAGUAGUUCCAUAAUGAUGAAAUGCAAAUUAGCUUUAGCCAACAUAUUGAACCUAUGUGAUUGUUAUGACUAAUUAAUAUUUCAUUUGAUCCACCGUCAACUGAAGCAUUGGGAAGAAUUAUUAAUCUGUUAUCCAACUUUGUGCCAUUAUUGCACAGUUUGACUGUCGGCAACUCCAGUAUAAACACCUAGUGAAUCCUGUUGCUUUAGCAUGAAAGUUUGGGGUGUAAGAGUUCGAUUUUUACUGUAAAAUAUAUCCACUGACCAAAGUCUGUCUUUUCUAGUACAGAAACACUUGUAAAAGCUAUAUGUGGGGUGUCCUUUCCAAGUGUACUACAGGGUUUGCUUAGUAUCUGUAUAACUCCGAGAGAAUGAAAAGUAGUAUUGUUCCACUUUUCCUAUAAACCUAUUAUAGUCAUGGGACCAAUAGGGAGCAUGAGUUAUCUCCCCUCCAGGGGGUGGUGGAGUUUGUCGAAGAGGCCCAGUAGUGGCUUCUCUAAUAUUCCCACCCUAGAAUAUUGUGUUAAAUUAUUUAGUUGUAUCAUCAUUGUAGAAAUGUAUAAGCAGCUGUAUAUGUUGAUAUAUUGUCAGAGCGGAUUUAUUUUUUGUAUGACUACUUGUUCAGUGAUGGUGUAUCAGUGGUCAUGUGAUGUGCUCAUGGUCACCCCCAAAUAUGUAAAAUAGUCCUGAUUUAAUGGCAUGAGCAGUACACCAUGCCUAGUGAACACCCUUCACAGAACGAUUGUAAAUACUGUAUUUAUCAUGUUUGCCUAUAGACCAGUGUUGCAGAGGAUUUUUGGCAUUGGACAAACUUAGCAGAAAUUUUCCUGGACAAAUCAUGUCGCCUUGAAGAAAGAAUCCAGACUGCUUGUUUUAAUGAAGGAGGACAAAUAAACAGGAAGCACAGUUCUCCCUUUUAGGAACCCUAAUGAAUUCCUGUUAGGGUGUGCAGUGACGUAAUUUGUAAGAGGCUUGAUAAAGCAUUGUUACCUUUGUAUUGGCAGCCAAACUGCAGAUGAAUCCUGUUUUUGCUUUGACCUUUCUCCUACAUUCAAAUUCUCGUAAUAUUUAUGGGAAAUGACUGUGAGAAAACGGGAACUGCUUUCAUCUGACUAGAUGUACUCUGGUCUUCUGCCAUACAGGUAUCUUGAGAUGACAUGUAUAUUUGUCGCUGCUUUUUUUUUUUUUUUUUUUUGAUCCCAGAGGAGGAAUACAUUGUCCAUCUUUCCUCAUGGAGUGUGUUGACUCAUAAUGAAUUUAAUUGUACAGGAUUAUUUGAAACAGUGAAAUCAACUUUGUAGAUAAACAACAUUUGUGAACAGGACGCUGUGUAAUGGAUCAACUAAUGUAAUGUGUGUAGAAAGAAAAGCUUUUAAAUCAUUCAGCAGUAAC